AUGCCAUCAGUGUCUGAUUACCAAAUUGAUUUAGAUGUACCCGUUCAGCUCGAACCGCUGCAGGUGAAAACUAUCGCCAUUAUUGGGGGAGGUGCCUCCGGUGCAAUCAUUGCUGAUUCUCUUCUCAAGGAGGCACCCAGUUCCUUCUCCAAGAUCACCCUUUUCGAAAGGAGAUCGAAGUUAGGAGGAGUUUGGGCACUUGAUGAAGAAACAAAAAAGACGCCCAACAAUAUCAUCAAAUCUGGAUACACUAAUAUCAAAACUGAUCCUCAGUUGAAGAACCCUUUUCAUGACAGAAGCAAUAGCAAUAGAUUCGAAAAGUUUAUCAUUACACCCAAGAGCACCCAGGAAAGAUUUGUAGAAACCCCAAGUUAUCAGGGAAUCACCACUAACAUCAUUGAAAAGAUGAUGACCUAUAGUGAUGUCAAUCAGUGGAAUUUACCUGAGAAGACUCCUGAGGAAAGAACUUAUGUCAAUGGAUUAGUUGUCCGUGACUAUAUCGAUGCCUAUAUCUCGAAAAAUCUCGAAAAUGAAAGGUUCGAAUUGAUCCAAAACUCCACGGUUGAAGAUGUUGAAAGAAUUCCCAAACUGGUGCUGGACGCCAACGAGAUUCCCUACAAGUUCAGAUUGACUAUUAGACAGCCCGCGAAUGAGGAAAAUGAUGUCUGGUACCAAGAAGAAUUUGAUUCCGUAGUCGUAGCCACUGGCCAUUACCAUGUUCCGUUCAUUCCGUAUGUAAAGGGACUCGAGGAGCUUCAAAACAAGUAUGACGACGUGAUCCAACAUGCAAAGUUCUAUCGUGAUCCAGAGGUUUAUAAGGAUAAGACUGUAGUUGUAGUUGGCUCGAGAGCAUCUGGGGCUGAUUUGACGAAAUACAUUGCUGACAGCGCAGUUUCUGUCAUUCAGUCUAUCAGAAACAUUGACAAUACCAAAAGGUUUUCCAAGAAGCCUAACAUUGUCUACAAACCAACUAUAGUAGAAUAUCAGCUUUUAGAAGAAGGUGGAUUCAAUAUCAUCUUUGAGGACGGGACCGAGGUUAAGAAUCCAGACCAUGUCAUCUAUGCUACUGGGUACCAGUUCUCAUUUUCAUAUUUGAACAGAUUGCUUGGUGAAGAAGUCACGAAGGAUGGAGUUGUCAUCUCUGAUCUCUACCAACAUACCUUUCAUAUUAACGAACCCUUAAUCACAUUCAUAGGAGUUCCGAUUGAUGGUGUUUCGUUCAGAGUAUUUGAAUACCAAGCUAUUUUAGCUUCAAGAUAUUUGGCUGGUAAAAUCAGCUUGCCAAACAGAAGAGAGCAGCGAGAGUGGGCAGACAAGAGAUUGUCUGAAAAGGGAUUCACCAGAGCUUACCACACAAUUGGUGUUGUUGAUUCCCUGAACUACUUGAAUGGACUUAUCAAAUUGGGAGAAAUUACCAAUACUAAGAUAAAUGCUGGUAGGCAGUUCCCAGAGUUGAAGGAGGAAGAUCUCGCAUUGUACAGAGCUGCUGGCCAAAGAUUAAGGGAAUUCUGGGACGAACGUUAG